GUUCAAGGGUCACUAGGGCGGGCUGGGUACCGGAAGCGGAAGCGCAGUGCACUUCCGGCGCGCAGCGGGCGGCCAUGUUGGAGCAGCGGAGGCGGCGCAGAGGCGCGUCUUGGGUCCCUGUGGCGGCGCCGGUGCCAAGUGCUGGUUUGCGGAUACCCAGGCGGAUCUGCAGUGCCUAAUGCCAUGAGUGUGGUGGUUCAGCAUGUGGAGGAAAAAGCUGUGCACUCCUGGUCACGCAUCUCCACGGCAGGGAAGAAGGCCCUGGAAGAGGCGCUGCUUGUCUUUAAUCCCAUGAGCCAGGAUCUCAGUGCCACAGAGGCUCAGCUUGUGGCUUUCCUGCAGGGCCUGCGAGAUGAUGGCUUCCAACCUACCAUUCUGCGCAGUGGUGAUGUCUAUGGCUAUAGUUCAUGCACAGCUAAUCCCCCAAGCCAGACGAAACUGCAAGCUCGUGCUCCCAACCCAACUGGCACAUCACCUCCAGCCAGUGCUCCCCGAACUGCCAUGCGGUUGCCCGCCAGUCGUGCCACACUGCUUCCCAUGCCGCUAUCUGGCAGGCUGGCCAAAGCAUCCACACCAGCCCUUGCCAAGCAUGCUACCACCAACCUGCUGCUGAGCUCUCUGAAGCAAUCAAGUGCCAGCCAUGCCCAGGGUGCAGCAGUGGGCUUCCCUACCCACCUUUAUCCAGGUGUCUACCCUGCCAUGCGGCUCUCUGUUGUCCUUGAGGCCCUGGUUCCACUCAAGACUCCUAUGCCCUGCUUGGGUGCCAAGCACAAGGCACAGUCACUGCAACUCUCAAUUGCAGACUCUCCUCUGAAACUGCGGAAAAGUUCAGGGAAGGAUCCAGGGAACCCCCGGCCCAAAGCUCCCAGAAAAAACAUAAGCAAGGGUCCUAAGUGUCUGAUUCGCAAAGGUCCUGGGGCUGGGCCCCAGAGCAAAACCAGCAGAGCCACUGGGUCCCUCAGUGUCCGGCGAAUGAAAGGGGGCUCUGCCCUGGGCACCAAAACAGCCCAGGCCAAGGCAGCUCGAACACUGGCCAAAGUUGCUUGUGCCCAAGCCACGGUGGCACGAACACAGGCCAAAGCUGCCAAGGCCCAGGCCAGGGCCAAGGCAGCACUGGUCAAGGCCAAGGCCAAAGCCAAGGCAGCACGAGCCAGGGCCAAGGCCAAAGCCAUGGCAGCACGGGCCAAGGCUAAAGCCAAGGCAGCACAGGCCAAGGUGGCUCAGACCCAGCCCAGGGGCAGGGGCAGGGGCAGACCAAAGGGGUCUGCUCAGGCCAGAACUACAAGGAAGGGCCAGAAAAGCCGCCCUGAGACUGUUGGACAGAAGAGAAAAAGGACUGAGGAGGCAAAAGAUCUUCUUCCCAAGAAGAGAACACAGCUUGGUCCCCGAUCUCCUAAAGCAUGGCUAGGGCCUGGAACAGCAAAGCUGCUAAAGUUCCGUGCCAUAAAAGUAGAUAGGCGGUCCUCAGAUGAUGAGGUGCGGCAGCGGGCUCAGCAGAUUCUCCGUGUGAACCUGUCUCCUGUAAUACGGCUCCAGCCGUUGCUACCAUAUUCAGCACUCUGAUUCCUUCACAAAACAAUGUUUGGGGAAACUGGGCCCAGCUGUCUAUAUGACCAGUGGCACAGUGUGCUAUGCCCAUGGACUCCACAAUCUUGAGGACUCCGGGUACCUCUCCAGGGCCCUGGUGACCACCAGCCUCCUUUUAGAAACUGGAGGAUGUGGGUGGGGCGGGGCGGGGUGGGGUGGGUUGGUGGGAGGGGUGUUUUCAUGGCGCGAUGCACUGUGACUUGUUAUUCAAGUUGUAUGUCCACUGUUCCAUCUAUCACGUUUUAUACCUUUCCACCUUCCAGUCUCCCUGCCCACCCUCCAUGGUCUUUUUUGUGUGUGUGGCUGCCGGCGGGCCAGUUUGAAGAUAUAGGGAAAGUGGUCCCAGAAAUAGGCAGCUCCUGGGCCCCUCUGGAGAGAGGAGGGGAGAUUGGCUUCUGUGUUUGUGUGAGAGGUAUCCCCUGAAGGCAGGAGCAGAGCCACUGUGGAGUAAGACACUUCCCUUUGGAGGCUGCUGUGGUUGGUGAUCCAGUCAGAACCCACACAGUAGGCAGUUCCAUGAGCAACCUUGCAGCUGGUGGGUUUUUAGGCACUGAAAUAGAACCUUUAUGGUACUUCUCCCUAGGGGCCAGGCAGAUAGCCUGGCUAAAAUCUUGGAGCUUGGCCUGGGCUUUUCUGGUAUGGGACCAGGCCUAAAAGAGUUGAGGUGCCUCUCCCCCUCUGCUCUCCUGGGAGAGAGUAACUGUCCUCAAUGUCGAUUGGUGGCAAGGUACUGGAGGUUGAGUCAGGACCACAGAGCCUUCCCUCGACCAAAGAAUUUUCUACUUGGUUGGGUGAGGUUUUUCUGACUGCCUCAUUAGCAGUGCUUUCUGCCUGGAUUUGAAGUGCUCAUUCUACUCCAAGGUCCAGCCUCAGCAUGCCCUCCAACAUGGGUUAAAAUACAUUGUCACCCUUCCUGCUUUAGAGGGGGGACUGGGCCCUGGGACCUGAAGGAGGUAACUUGCCCAUCUAAAGUCCAUCACUGGCUGCCCAGGCUGAACGGCAGUGGCUGGGGUGGGCAGGGAGGGCACACAUUCCCCUUCCUGGGGUAGGGACUUCAUUUGAGUGAGAGAGGUUUUCUGUGUCUGGAUUUGUGUGGGCCCCACAAGCUGCUGGCUGCCCUGGGCAGUGGACCUGUUGAGAAGCUGUGUGCUUCUUGGUGCCCUCCUGCCCUUUCUGCAUCUUGUGGCUCUAUUGACAUGCUUCUCCUGGGUGUGUCCUUGGUUUCCCAAGCUCUGGGACCUUGCUCCCAGCUAUGCUGUCGCCCCACGACCCUGCAUGCUACUUGCCUCUGACAACUCCAUUCCUGAUGUAAAUAUGGGAAAUGACCUGAGAACCACACUCGGCUCCUCAGGGGAGCCCAGCGUGGGGCUCACUAAGCGUCUUCCCUCUCAGGCCUGAUUCCAGCUCCUAGCACCCAGGACUGCCAGCUGGGUUGGGCCCCCCACUUCCAGUUCUGCUGCUGCUGCCACCAGUGGGUGAGGGGUCAUCUAUUUCCAGGACAGCCAGGGGAAGGAGAAAUCAGGGUUCAUGACCAAGCACAGUGGCUCAUGCCUGUAAUCCCAGCACUUUGGGAGGCUGAAGCAGGUGGGUCAAUUGAGGUCAGAAGUUUGAGACCAGCCUGUCCAACAUGGUGAAAUGCUGUCUACUAAAAUACAAAAAUUAGCAGGGCAUGGUGGCACAUGCCUAUGGUCCCAGCUACUUGGGAGGCUGACGCUGGGAGAUCACUUGAACCUGUGAGGUGGAGUUUGCAGUGAGCUGAGAUGGUGCGGCUUUUUUUUGAGACUCUGUCUCAAAAUUCAAAAAAAGAAAAAAGAGGCCAGGCGUGGUGGCUCGCGCCUAUAAUCCCAGCACUUUGGGAGGCCGAGGCGGGUGGAUCAUGAGGUCAAGAGAUCGAGACCAUCCUGGUCAACAAGGUGAAACCCUGUCUCUACUAAAAAUACAAAAAUUAGCUGGGCAUGGUGGUGUGCGCCUGUAGUCCCAGCUACUCGGGAGGCUGAGGCAGGAGAAUUGCUUGAACCCAGAAGAUGGAGGUUGCGGUGAGCCGAGAUCGUGCCAUUGCACUCCAGCCUGGGUAACAACAGCGAAACUCCCAUCUCGAAAGAAAAAAGAAAUCAAGGUUCCUUAUGGGUUGGGGUGAGAGGGUGUGGGUAUUCCUAGGAUCUCUAGUCAGAUCCUGCCCGUCCUAGUCCAGGCUCCUAGAACAAUUUCCCAGGGAAUGCCACAUACACUUUCCUCACCUGGCUGCAUCAGCAACCUGGUUGUUGGCUGGGGCCAGAGCCAGAGCCUUCAAACUUCAUCCAGUAGGCUCUGAGCACUGCUUUAUUGACCUGCAGGUGAGGGAUCUGGAGACUGGUUUCUUUAGGUGACUUGGGCUGGUUCAGUCCUGUUGGGAGUCUAGGUCAUUGCUGGGAGCUGGAGGGAGAGGCCUGUACUGUGAAAUUUUAAGAGUAGAGGUCUGACCUCUCUAGUCAGUUUCCUCGAGUCAGAGCCCAGGACUCAGAAGUGCUUCUGUGACUCUUGUGGCCAGGGAGGCCGUGACAUUAAUAAAAUGUGACCUCCCAGAGUGGCUGUGGUGGCAACAAGGCCUGGUAGACAGAGUAGUGAGGAUGCAGUGUGCCCAUGUGUAGGGGCUGGGGCCAGGGCCUGGUCACUGACUAGACCUGUGGCUGCAGGUGUUGAAAAUGUCACCAUCCAGCUAGACCUAGAGGGUGCCUUCUACUUCACCCACCUCAAGACUUUCCAGGUGACCCAAUGUCCCAGUCUAAAGGCUUGCUUAGCAAGUGCUGACCCUAUGCUUCCCUACUUGAUGGCCACUAGUGAUGCUUGCCCCUGGUGACUCAAGGGCCCUCUUGUCCCCAGGCAUUCCCCCCAGCAGCUGUGCUCCUUGAGCACUCAGUGGACCAUGCCUCUGUUGGCACAGGUAUAGAUACUUUGCCGACAACUGCCCAAGACUCUUUCUUGGGAUUGCUCCUGCCCCUAGCCAUCAAGUCAGUGACCUCAUCUGUGACUGGCAUUACUCAGACAUUGAGCCUGCCACUGACAGCAAGGUCAGACCCAGGGAAAGGGAGGUUGGACCGUGGAGUGAAAUAAAAGGCUCAAACCUGCUUCUUUCUUCCAGGUAAUUUUCAAAGUUUUGGGCCCAGCCAUUCCAGUGGAGGACCCAAACAACUCUGAGAUUCAGGGUAAUCAUCCCCAGAGGCAAUCCUGUAUGUACCCUUUGUGUGUCAGGACAGAGCUUGCAGAUACCGGGGAAAGAGGCCCGGCCUCAAGUGGUUACUGGUGGGGCAGGGCAAGUCGGCAAGCCAGCUCAGUCUCCCAAGGCCAUUCCUCAGCCCUGCCCCAUCAUGGUGUUUUUGUGGCCUCCCGUUUAUGCCCCAUCACUGUGCUGCAUACUUGUACCCAGUGUAUUGGUACUGGCAUGGGGAACAGUCUCCAUCUGUCCCCUGUCUCUGUCCCCAUCAUUGAAUCCCUUUGUAAGGCUCCAUCAUGGUUCCUCAUUUACUCAUACCUGUUCCCCAUCUCCACUCCUAUCACUGCCCCUCAUAACUCUUCCCUUUGUGGGCCCCCAUCACUCCCCUAUCAUGGACUUCCUGUCAUUGCCCCUCCAAAUCCAUUCAUGACCCUGGCCUCUGCCCUUUGUCCCUGCAGCUGCCUCUAGGUGGCACCAAGGUAUCUCUGGAUAUAACACCUUCUUUGUAAAGAAGUCUUUUAUUGAAGGAUAAGAGAGCCAAAUAACCUAGGAGAGCCCAGAAUCAGGCCAGGAGAGUACCAGCACAGGACAAAUGCCAAACUAGCUUUUUCUCUACACCCACUGGGCACUCCCUGCCCCCCUAACUGCCAUUAUUGCCAGCUGCCCACAUUGAGCCCUCAUGGUAGGUCUGCAAGCUGCUGUUGUUUUCACCUUUGACCAGAAAAGAGGGGAGUCCUGCAGAGGAAAGAUACAGGAGGUAGUCUCAGCUUAGUAACCAACCUAAGGUGUGGAGCAGGGAGAGGAGCCAUGGACCCAUUCCUUUAUCCAUGUGUUCAUUUAACAAUCACCCAUUGAGCUGCACCCUCUGUCAGGCAUCUUCUGGGCAGUGUUUGAUGGGAAGCAGACAGAAAAGUUAUCUACCUUCUUGGAGCGGACAUAAAGUCAGAAAGACACAUCUGUUGCCAUGCAUUAUUUAAUGAUAGGGGAUACAUUCUGAGAAAUGUGUCAUUAUGUAAUUUCAUGGUUGUGCAGACAUCUAGAGUGUACUUACAUGGUACAUAGCCUAGUAUACUUCUAGACUAUCUGGUAUAGCCUAUGGCUCCUAGGCUAAAACCUCUACAGCAUGUGACUGUACUGAAAACUGUAGGCAGUUGUAACACAAUGAGAAGUGUGUAUCUAAACAUAGAAAAGGUACAGUAAAAAUAUGGUAUAAGACGGGCACGGUGGCUCAAGCCUGUAAUCCCAGCACUUUGGGAGGCCAAGGAGGGUGGAUCCUGAGGUCAAGAGAUCGAGACCAUCCUGGUCAACAUGGUGAAACCCCAUCUCUACUAAAAAUACAAAAAAUUAGCUGGGCAUGGUGGUGCGUGCCUGUAAUUUCAGUUACUCAGGAUGCUGAGGCAGGAGAAUUGCCUGAACCCAGGAGGCGGAGGUUGUGGUGAGCGGAGAUUGCACUCCAGCCUGGGUAACAAGAGUGAAACUCAUCUCAAAAAAAAAAAAAAUGUGGUAUAAAAGAUGAGAAAUGGUAUACCUGUAUAGGGCACUUAACCAUGAAUGGAGCUUGCAGGACUGGAGGUUGUUCUGGGUGAGUUAGUGAGGAGUGGUGAGUGAAUGUGAAGACCCAAGACAUUACUGUACACUGCUGUAGAUUAUAAACACUGUAUACUUGGGCUACACUAAAUUUAUAAAAACAAAUUUUUUCCUUCUUCAAUAGUAAACACUGAAUUUUUUUACUUUACAGACUUUUAACUUUUUACAGCUUUUAUAACACUUAGCUUAAGACACAUGUACAGCUGUGCAAAAAUAUUUCCUUUAUAUCCAUAUUUGAUAAGCUUUUCUCUAUUAAAUUUUUUUUACCUUUUAACUUUGUUGUUAAAAACGAAGACACAAACAUACAUAUUAGCCUAGGCUAUAUAGGAUCAGGAUCAUCAGUAUCACUGUCUUCCACCUCCAGAUCUUGAUCCACUGAAAAAGAUCUUUAGGGGCAAUAACAUGCUUAGAGCUGUCAUCUGUUAUAACAAUGCCACCUUCUAGAUACCUUCUGAAGGACCUGCCUGAGACUGUUUUCCAAUUAAUUUUUUUUUUUUUUUUUAGACAGGAUCUCACUUUGUUGCUCAGGCUGGGGUGCAGUGGCACCAUCUCCGCCCACUGCAACCUCUGCCUCUCAGGCUCAAGUGAUCCUCCCACUACAGCUUCCCGAGUACCUGGGACCACAGGCCUGUGCUACCAUGCCCGGCUAAUUUUUUAAUUUUUUUGUCUAGACAGGGUUUCAUCAUGUUUCCCAGGCUGGUCUUGAACUCUUGAGCUGAAGCUAUCUGCCCACCUGUUCUCCCAAAGUUCUAGGAUUACAAGCAUGUGCUACAGUGCCCUACCAUGUUUUACAAUUACCUUUAUUUAAAAAGUAGAAGGCCAGGCGAGGUGGUUCACACCUGUAAUCCCAGCACUUUGGUAGGCUGAGGCAGGUGGAUUAUGAGGUCAGGAGUUUGAGACCAGUCUGACCAACAUGGUGAAAUUCUGUCUCUGCUAAAAAUACAAAAAUUAACUGGGCAUGGUGGCACAUGCCUAUAAUCCCAGCUACUCGGGAGGCUGAAGCAGGAGAAUUGCUUGAACCAGGACCCAGGAGGUGGAGACUGCAGUGAGCCGAGAUCAUGCCACUGCACUCCAGCCUGGGCUACAGUGGGAGACUCUGUCUCAAAAUAAAUUAAAUUUAUAUUUAAAAAGUAGAAGGAAAGUUGGGCAUGGUGGUACAUUCUUGUAGUCUCAGCUACUCAAGAGGCUGAGAUGGGAGGAUUGCUUGAGUCCAGGAAUCCCAGUCCAAACUGGGCAACAUAGAAUUUGCCUCUAAAAAGAAAAAGAAGUUGGCUGGGUGCUCACGCCUAUAAUCCCACUAUAAUCCCAGCACUUUGGGAGGCCAAGGCGGGUGGAUCACUAGGUCAGGAGUUCAAGACUAACCUAACCAACAUGGUGAAACCCUGUCUCUACUAAAAAAACAAAAAUUAGCUAGGCAUGGUAGCACAUGCCUGUUAUCCCAGGUACACAGGAAGCUGAGGCAGGAGAAUCACUUGAACCCAGGAGGGAGAGGUUUUAAAUAAAAAAAGAAAAACUCAAGACCAGCCUGACCAACACAGUGAAACCCCAUCUUUAAAAAUAUAUAUAUAAACUAGAAGACACUUGCUCUAAAAUAAUGAUGGAAAGUAUGGCAUAGUAAAUACAUAAAGAAGUAAUAGUCAUUUAUUACGAAGUAUUAUGUACUAUACAUAAUUUUUUUUUUUUUGAUACAGGGUCUUGCUCUGUCCCAGGCUGGAGUGCAGUAGCACAAUCUCGGCUCACUGCAACCUCUGCCUCCCAGGUUCAAGCAAUUCUCCUGCCUCAACCUCCAGAGUAGCUGGGAUUACAGGCAUCUGCCAUCAUGCCUGGCUCAUUUUUUGUAUUAUUUCAGUAGAGAUGGGGUUUUGCCAUGUUGAUCAAGCUAGUCUCCAACUCCUGAUCUCAGGUGAUCCAUCCCCCUUGGAUUUGGACUCCCAAAGUGCUGGGAUUUACAGGUGUGAGCCACUAUGCUUGGCCUACUGUACAUAAUUGUAUGUGCUGUACUUUUAUAUGACUAGCAGUGCAGUAGGUUUGUUUACACAGCAUCACCACAAACGUGAGUAAAUGUAUUGUGCUACAGCAUUAUAACAGCCACCGCCAGGUGCAGUGGGUCACGCCUGUAAUCCCAGCACUUUGGGAGACCGAGGUGGGUGGAUCACAAGGUCAAGAGAUCGAGACCACCCUGGUCAACAUGGUGAAACCCCGUCUCUACUAAAAAUACAAAAAAUUAGCUGGGCAUGGUGGCGCAUGCCUGUAAUCCCAGGUACUCGGGAGGCUGAGGCAGGAGAAUUACCUGAAUCCAGGAGGCGGAGGUUGCAGUGAGCUGAGAUCGUGCCAUUGCACUCCAGCCUGGGUAACAAGAGCAAAACUCCAUCUCAAAAAAAAAAAAAAAAAAAAAAAAAAAUUGUAACAGCCACCAUGUCACUAGGCAAUAUGAAAUUUUCCUCCCCAUUAUAAUCUAAUGGGUGCAUGAUUGUAAUACUAUGUGGUUUAGCUGAAUGAUAAUAGAUUUCUAGUUUGGACUGUGGGCUGGUAAGUGGAAUCCUUUACUGCAUUAGGGAAGCAGGUUUCAGAUACCCGAUGAUACAAGAGUGGGGUAUCCAGGAAGUAGUGGGAUGUGCAGGUCUCAGUUCAGGAGUAACAUCAGGAUUGGAGAAAGGGGGUCCUCACCACAGAAGUGGAAAUUAUCAACAUGGGGAAGGCUGUGGUCAUCCUAAGACAACAUUCCCCCAGGAGCAGAGAUGGCAGAGCCCUAUAGCAUGAGUGCUGGAGGAGUAGAUACAAGGAUGUGGAGAAGGGAGAGACUUCCUCCAUUUUUUUCCCUCCUCCCCAGCCAUAGAAAAUGAGGACCAAGGCACCUGAGGUCUGACCAUCUGUGUCUCCAGAGUACCUGCAUGUGACUAACCUCUGUGUAAACUUCUCCAAACUGCACACACUGGGUGACAGGCCUCUGAGAGGCCUCAAGAGACACCCCUUUCCACCACUAUGCCCUCUGUGAGCUCACAGCCAGAGGCAGUUGCCUGUGCCAUGGGCACACCUCUGAGUGCAGAUAUGUACCUGGGACCCCAGCCAAUGUGGUGAGGACAAUGGGAAGGUCAUUCUGUGACUGGUGGGGUGGGCAAGCUGGGACACCAGAGCAGGCCUGCCUUGCCCUCCUCCCUACCAGGUACAUGGGCUUUGCAUCUGCCACCACCAAACAGUUGGUGCACACUGUGAGUGCUGCCACGACCUGCACCAGGACCAUCAAUGGUAUGCAUCAGAGCCUGGGCACCCCCAUGCCUGCUGGGUUGGAUGCCAUGCUCUACUCUGCCUGGCCGCACCUGCCACAUGUCAGCCAACCCCAUGUCUACCUUUCUGGUUCUGCCUCAGAAUGUGAGUGCCAUGGGGAUGUCUACAGUUGUCGCUUUGACACGGCUGUGUUUGGUUAUGGGAGUGGAGGCAUGUAUGAUGCAUGUCAGCACAACACAGCUGGGCGCCUCUGUGAGUUCUGCUGACCCUUCUACUGUCAUCCCCGAGAGGAUCCCUGUUCCCCUGGGUCCUGCAGACACGAGUCCUCCAACCCCUAACGCAACAUUGACUCUCAUCCUUCAGCUCCACGGUGACCUCUGACCUACUUCCAUCUGUAAUCUCUGACCUCUGAUCUAUCCUGUGACUGUGACCCUGUGGGUGUCCUGGAAGGGGAUUUGUGUGAUGGUCACAUCAAUGAGACCCAUGCCCUCUGCUAUAGGCAGUGUUGCUGCAAAGUCUAUGUAUGGGGCCAGCACUGUGACUCCUGCUGGCCCGGUCACUAUGAUCUGAGCUCCACCCAACCUCAGAGCUGCCGAUGUGAGUGACUCUCAGAUUGGGCCCCCAUCUCCAUGUCCUCCUGGCUCUGUUGCCAGUUACUCCCCUGAUAACACUUGCACCUACUACCCACCCUACCGCAGUUCCAUUUGCAAGCUGAGAGCCCUAUGCCUUGGCUGCAGGUGUGACCCUAGGGGCCAGGUCCUUGGUACUUGUCUGUGAUCCCUUCAGUGGUACCUGUCACUGCAAAUAUUGGUCUCUGGACAGGACCUUAGCCAUUGUCUGGUAAGGCUUGACCCACCUUCUGAUUUAACCUUGACCUUGGACACUGAGUUUCUUGGAGCUGUAGCCUUAUAAUGAAUAUAAGCCUAUAAUUAUCGUGACUGUGGACUGAGCCUUGCACUUGGGUGGGUGCUGCUUACUGAUCUGGUCACUAGGGUCAGCAUCGCUUUAGCUAGCUGAACCAGCAUUUGCCCUCAGAUGGGAGUUUUGGAAACAAACGGGCAAGUGAUUAAACAUGUAUCAUACACUGGA